GUUAUUUUACUGAUCGUACCCACUGUGUGUGCUGGCUCAUGUAAACCAUCAGAGUAUUGGACAGGAGAGGAGUGCUGUCCUCUGUGUCCUGCAGGAAGUCACAUUAUAAAACACUGCACUCAGUUCUCAGGUGCAGAUUGUGCAGAUUGUCCAAGUGGAACCUUUAUUGACAAGUCCAACGGACAAAUGCAGUGCAACCCAUGUUCUACCUGUGGACCAGAUAGAGGCUAACACCUGGUGGUGAUGUUGGCAGCACUAUUAAAGGCUGCAGAGGAACGUUUCUGAAGUGGAUGCAUGCAGCUGGUGCUGACUGUUCAUUUUGUAGUCAUGUGCGUAAAUGACUCACUGUAAGUAAUUCUUUAUUUGUUCACUGUAUUAGAUUAGUUUAUCUCAUGUUGUGUGGAAAUAUACUUAUCAGACUGUUGUUAUUAGCAGCAUGCUGCAACUUGCUAGC